GUUCACAGAGAUGAAAUAGCGUGAAGUUAUUUAAUCUGAGUAUUUUCAUUUCAUCAUCAUUGAAAUUAAUUGCACUUCACUUGUGUAGUGUAGUGGUCGUGUUUGUGUACGGCAGUACCGCUUCGUAAUUACAAAGUCAUUAAUCCAAAAUAGAAUUAAUUUUUUAAAACGAACGAAACAAUAUUGUGUAGUGCUUAUUAAAAAAAUAGAAUUUAGCGAAUAAAUUUAUCAAUGGUUUAUCGACAAAAUUAAACUUAAAAAAAAUAAAAUCUAAUUUGAUUGUUAUCACUUAUCACGCGUGUUCACAAGAGUUUUGUUUCCUGUGCUAACUUCACCUUGGUCCGCAAUUUUCAAGUCUGUGAACGUAUACGUAACGUAUUUGUUUUGUUUACAAUAGGCUAUGCAAAAUACACAAUAGUUUGCAAAUAAUCGAUCAACGGCUUAAGACAAAGGACCUUAAUAAGAAAUGAGUAACACCAACAUGACACAGGGUUUUGGAAAAUUUGGCCCUUUAGUUGGUGCUAUUGAUGAAGGAACAUCUAGUGCACGAUUUAUAAUAUUUAAAGCCAAUUCAUCUGAAGUAAUAGCUCUACACCAGAAGGAAUUAACACAACACUUUCCUCAAGAAGGAUGGGUUGAACAAGACCCCCUCGAUAUUUUAGAGGUUGUGACAACCUGUAUUGAAAAAGCCGUUGAAAAAUUAGUUCUUCUGGGUGGAAGUCCUAAGGAUAUAGUAGCUGUAGGUGUAACAAACCAAAGAGAAACAACCAUUGUAUGGGAUAGAGAAACAGGAAAGCCAUUGCAUAAUGCCAUAGUUUGGUUAGAUAUGAGAACAACAACCACAAUAGAUAAAUUAUUAGACAAUGUACCGAAUAAAACUAGAAACAAGAACUAUUUGAAGCCAUUAUGUGGUCUUCCUCUAUCACCCUACUUCAGCGCAGUUAAACUCCGUUGGCUUAGUGACAAGGUUGAUGUAGUUAACAAUGCUAUGAAGAAAGGAAGUUGUUGCUUUGGUACUGUGGACACUUGGAUCAUAUGGAAUUUAACAGGAGGGGCAAAUGGUGGGAAACAUGUUACCGAUGUCAGUAAUGCAUCAAGAACAAUGUUGAUGAACAUUGAAACUUUGGAGUGGGACGCGUUAUUGCUCAAAUUCUUUGAAGUGUCAAAAUCAGUUCUACCAGAGAUCAAAUCCAGUUCUGAGAUUUAUGGAUACAUAGCAAAUGGACCCUUACAGGGUAUACCAAUAUCUGGAUGUCUCGGUGAUCAACAAGCCGCCUUAGUCGGUCAGAUGUGUUUAGAAAAAGGACAAGCCAAGGCAACUUAUGGUACAGGAUGCUUUGUUUUAUACAAUACAGGAGAUAUCCGAGUAAAUUCAAGUCGGGGUUUACUCACUACAGUAGCAUAUCAAUUGGGAAGUAAAAGUCAACCCGCAUAUGCUUUAGAAGGAUCGGUAGCAGUAGCCGGUGCGGCUUUAGGCUGGCUCAAAGACAACAUUGGUCUGAUAGAAGAUGCCAAGGAGUCUCAGACUCUCGCUGAAAUGGCAACAGAAAAUGGCAGUGUUAUAUUUGUUCCAGCAUUCAGUGGUUUAUAUGCGCCUCAUUGGAGGCAAGAUGCAAGAGGGGUUAUUUGCGGUAUAACUAAAGACACAAAUUCACAUCAUAUAAUUAAAGCAGCUCUUGAAGCAGUUUGUUUCCAAGUGCGAGAUAUUUUGGAUGCUAUGAAUGAGGACUGCGGAAUUCCUCUUCAGUUGCUUAAGGUUGAUGGUGGGAUGACAUCGAAUGCCUUGGUCAUGCAGAUGCAAGCUGAUUUAAUAGGUAUAGAGGUAAUCAAAGCUGGUUUCGCUGAGAGUACGGCUUUAGGGGCCGCGUUAGUUGCAUAUUGGGGCAUCGAUGGUGCAAAACAUGGUGAAUCUAUACCCAUGAAUGUUGGUAUUACAUACAAUCCUCGUAUUACCGAAGAUGAACGCGAUAUGAGAUACAAACAAUGGAUAAUGGCUGUCGAUCGAUCUCUUGGAUGGGAUCAAAAUUAAUUAUGGAGAUUCUUUGCUUUUUUUUUUCUAUUGUAAAUUUUAUAAUUUAAUCAUUUUUAAUAUUUUCUAAAAUAAUAAUUAAGAUGUAAAGUGCUUAUGAGAGUUUAACAAUGCAUAAUCUUGAAUUUAAUAAUCUUUCAAUCUAUCUUACCUUAAAUCUUUGUACAAUUUUAAUAAAACAAUUUUUA